AUGUCGUCACGCAUGCUCCUCCGCUCCAUCGCCGCCGCCGGCCGUCCCGCCGCCACGGUCUCCAGGAGAGGCCUCGCAACGACCUCGCGGCUGGCACACAAGGAGACGUCCCACAACGACGAGUCCCACGACGUGCACAGGCACAAGGACGAUCUCAUCAACAAGCACAAGCAGGGCAAGGCCCACUGGAAGGCCGAGCUGGCGUCCGAUAGCGAGGAGGCCGUCAAGGCGGACCGCGAGGGCGGCAAGGACCAGCACACAAAGGAGCACAUCCAGAGCCUCCAGGAGCGCACCAAGCACCACGCCGAGAAGACGAGCAAAUCCGGCACGAGCGACGGUGACGGCAUGUGA